AUGGAAGCCCAUGGCUCGGGAGCCCAGCUGCUGAGAGCCUUUUCCUCAACACCAGCACUGGAAAGAGAGGCGUCUCUGCAGGGGUCUUCCCUUUUGGCUUCUAGCAUCUCAGUUCCUCAACCUCCUUCAGCCCUGCCUCCCCUCACCACUGGGAAGCUACGUAGGGGCGUGGAUGCGCACCCUGGGAGAAUUGUCCAGGCUGCCUCUGCAGCCAGAAGUGCUCCAACGGAGCUCCAAAUUCCGAGCAAAUUCCCGGUUCCGGGAGCCCCGAGCUCUGUGGUCUCUGAUCAGCGCUGCCUGUCCUACAGGGCUCUGUCGAGUUGGCCUUGUCAGCGGCGGGACCCUCUGGCGGUAUCAGAGCGCUCAGAGGUGGCGGCGCGAAGGGCACAGCUAGGUAGCGGCAGCUGGGACCCCAGCAUGGGGAUGACAACAGCAAGGUCCUGGCCCCACCUAAGUGUGCCCACGCGAGCAGCCAGGCAGUUUCUCCAAGCUGCUCCCUCAGCGCCACAGAUCCGAGGUCUGCUGCUAAAACCCGACGGAGGCACUUUAGUGCCAGUAGUCCAGGCGAUUUCACUGCAGAUAGACACGGCCAUGGCCCUGCAGCGCGUGAGGGUUGCUGAAAAGUACGGAAAGAGCUGUCUCUGCUUCCUGCAUGAUGUCUUCGUGGAAGAAACUGAGCUGUUCCUCCGUGUAAAGGAUAUCAGUCAUUUCUUAAUGCAAGAUAUUGCCUUCUUGUCUGGUGGCCGGGGGAAGGAUAAUGCUUGGAUCAUUACAUUUCCAGAAAACUGUAAUUUCAGAUGUAUACCAGAACAUGUAAUAGCAAAAGUACUCACUUACCUGAUAUCCAUUGCAAGACAAAAUGGAUCUGACUCCCGGUUUACCAUUAUUCUAGAUCGAAGAUUGGAUACAUGGUCUUCUCUCAAAAUUUCUCUCCAAAAAAUUGCUGCUUCCUUCCCUGGGAACUUGCACUUGGUUUUGGUUUUACGUCCUACUAGUUUUCUUCAACGAACUUUCACAGACAUUGGAUUUCGAUUUAGUCAGGAGGAUUUCAUGCUCAAAUUACCGGUUGUUAUGCUGAGCUCAGUUAGUGAUUUGCUGGCAUACAUUGAUGACAAGCAGUUAACCCCUGAGUUAGGCGGCACCUUGCAGUACUGCCACAGUGAAUGGAUCAUCUUCAGAAAUGCUAUAGAAAAUUUUGCUCUCACAGUGAAAGAAAUGGCUCAGAUAUUACAGUCCUUUGGAACUGAACUGGCUGAGACUGAACUACCAGGUGAUAUUCCUUCAAUAGAAGAAAUUCUGGCAAUUCGUGCUGAAAGGUAUCAUCUGUUGAAGAAUAAUCUUACAGCUGUGACCAAAGAAGGAAAAAUUCUGCUAACAAAUCUGGAAGUGCCUAGAGAAGCCGUCAGUUCAAGUCUUGAACGUCAUCAGCAAAUAAAUGGUGACUGGCAAACUGUUAAUAAACUGUUGGCUCAAGUACAUGACAUGGAAAUAGCUUUUGAUGGAUUUUGGGAAAAACAUCAAUUAAAGAUGGAGCAGUAUCUGCAACUAUGGAAAUUUGAGCAAGAUUUUCAAGAGCUUGUGACUAAAGUUGAAUUUCUACUCAACCAACAAGCAGAGCUGGCUGAUGUAACAGGGAAUAUAGCUCAAAUAAAACAAAAAAUAAAAAUAUUGGAAAAUUUAGAUGAAAAUUCUCAGGAUCUAUUAGCAAAGUCCCGGUUUCUGAUACUGCAUGGACACAGGCUUGCAUCAAAUCACCAUUAUGCACUUGAUUUAAUCUGCCAGAGGUGCAAUGAGUUACGUUACCUUUCUGAUAUUUUGAUUAAUGAGAUCAAAGCCAAACGAAUACAGCUCAGCAGGACCUUCAAAAUGCAUAAACUACUACAGCAGGCUCGUCAGUGCUGUGAUGAAGGAGAAUGUCUUCUAGCAAAUCAGGAAAUUGAUAAAUUUCAGUCUAAAGAGGAUGUUCAGAAAGCCAUUCAAGACAUUGAAAAUUUUCUUGAGAUGGCUCUGCCCUUUAUAAAUUAUAAUCCUGAUUCCCUACAGUAUGAGUUUGAUGUAAUUUUAUCUCCUGAACUCAAGGUUCAAAUGCAGACUGUACAACUGAAGCUUGAAAACAUUCGGAGCAUAUUUGAAAACCAACAGGCUGGUUUUAGGAACUUGACAGAUAAACAUGUGAGGCCAAUCCAAUUCAUGGUACCUGCAUCUGAAAAUUUGAUCAGAUCUAGAGCUCCAUUUUUUCCACCUAAACAUGGGAAGAAGACAUGGAGACAAAAUCAGAGUGACUUAAAAAUUGAAGUGGUGCAUGAUUGUCUGGAGAAGAGAAGUUCUGAUCAGUCCUCCAGUUUGGACAAUGACAAUGGCUUGGAUAUUUUAAAGAAGCACGUCCUAAAUGAGUUGAUACAGACUGAAAGGGUAUAUGUUCGAGAGCUGUUUACUGUUUUGUUGGGCUACAGAGCAGAGAUGGAUAAUCCAGAGAUGUUUGAUCUUAUGCCACCUCUCCUGAGAAAUAAAAAGGACAUUCUCUUUGGAAAUAUGGCAGAGAUCUAUGAAUUCCAUAACAAUGUUUUCAUGAGCAGCCUGGAAAACUGCGCUGAUGCUCCACAAAGAGUGGCAUAUUGUUUCCUGGAAAGGAAGGAUGAUUUUCAGAUAUAUGCAAAAUACUGUCAAAACAAGCCCAGAUCAGAGACAAUUUGGAAGAAGUAUUCAGAAUGUGCCUUUUUCCAGGAAUGUCAAAGAAAAUUAAAACACAGACUUGGUCUGGAUUCCUAUUUACUCAAACCGGUGCAACGAAUCACAAAAUAUCAGUUGCUGUUAAAGGAGCUAUUAAAAUUCAGCAAGGACUCUGAAGGAACUACUCAGUUAAAGGAGGCACUUGACACAAUGUUGGAUUUACUGAAGUCAGUUAAUGAUUCUAUGCAUCAGAUUUCCAUAAAUGGCUAUGUUGGAAACUUAAAUGAGCUGGGCAAGAUGAUAAUGCAAGGUGGAUUCAGUGUUUGGAUAGGACACAAGAAAGGUCCUACAAAAAUGAAGGAUUUUGCUAGAUUCAAACCAAUGCAACGACAUAUUUUCUUGUAUGAAAAAGCGGUUGUUUUUUGUAAAAGGCGUGUUGAAACUGGAGAAGGGUCUGAUAGAUAUCCAUCCUACAGUUUUAAGCACUGUUUGAAAAUGGAUGAAGUCGGAAUCACUGAGUAUGUAAAAGGUGAUAAUCGCAAGUUUGAAAUCUGGUAUGGUGAGAAGGAAGAAAUUUAUAUUGUUCAGGCUCCAAAUCUAGAUGUGAAGAUGUCAUGGUUAAAAGAAAUAAGAAAUAUUUUGUUGAAACAACAGGAACUUGUGACAGUUGAAAAACAAAAGCAGCAGAAUCAAUUGAUAGAACAGCAUCAGUUUUCUCCACAGCAGAAUGAAGAAGAAAAGCAACAAGGAGCAUUUGCAAAUGCUAAGGAAACUGAAUUGGAACACCCCAGUGCUAUAGUGGAGGUCAGUGAAGCAAUCGUGUCAGUUCAGGCACAACCAAACAAAGUUUGGACUGAGACAUCAGAAUCUGCAGAAAUCUCUGAAGAGCCUGUGGAAUGGUCAAGCAACUUUUUCUACUCUACAUGUGAUGGCAAUGGAGAAGAAAGGCCCCUUAUGAGACGCAUGUCAGAGAUGGCUCUCCUAUUUUGAUGAAGCUACUAUGUCAAAUGGCAAG